CAGAAAUCUAGUCACUUUUUUUUCCAUUCGCCGCUUAGCCCCUCCGUUUCAAUCGCUGUUCUCAACCAUCCACCAUCGACACUGCAACCAUGGACAUGUCGGCUGUCACGGACAGCUUCAUGGACGAGCUCCUCAUGUCCGCCAUGAAUCCGCUGCCACCACUGCAGCACCCUCUGCUUGGCGAUGUGGGCAGCAGCGGGAUGCUCGACCCCAAUGCGAGAUCUCUGCUUGGCGGGCUCGAUGUCUCGGCUGCUGGCUUUGGCGGCUUGAACACGGCGGGGUUCUUGCCUGCGGGCGCAGAGUUUGUGCCGGUCGGACUGGGCGAUCCAUCGCUGGCGUCGUCCGGUGCGAAUGUGGCGCUGCUGGGCGGGCUGCCGGCGUUGCACUCGACUGCGGGACUGGACGACGCCUCGGCGUUCGCUGCUGGCCGAGCAGGACUCGCGCAAGCGGUGGCGCCGCCCGGGUACGAUCUCGAUCCAGCUGCUGCAGAGUACUUUGGCCAGGCUGCGACGGGGCUCGAGUGGGUGGACGAGGGCGCACGGCCGCCGCUCGCGCAGUCCAAUGCGCAGCAUCGCCGAGCAAUCAUUGUCCACCUGGUCGGCCAGGCGAUGCGGGAAACGGGCAUGACCGUUGCCAAAACAUCUGCCGUCGACAUGCUGGCCGACGUGUACAUUGAGUUCAUAGAAAAGAUUGGCGCCGUGGCACAGGCGUAUGCCGAGCACGCGGGACGGACAGAGGGCAAUGCCAAUGAUCUCCGCGCCUCCCUGGCCGAUUUUUCGUCCAACGCGCGAUUGCGCUCUGCGAACGAGAUGCUGCCCGACUUGCCCUUUCGUGCUGGGAGUUGGAAUCAAUCCAACUUGGUCAAUCCCCUGGACUACAAUACAGAGAGUCUCACCCGCUUCCUCUUCGACUCGGCGCAAGGCUCCCAAGAAAAGCACGCGCUCGUCCAAACGAGGAUAGAAGAAAGCGAAUUCCGAGAACUUGCAGAACGGCAAAACGAUCCCCACUAUCGCUUUUUCGUAUCGCCUGUUAACAUGUUUGAUGAUCCCGAGGCAAAAUUGGUUCCCGACUUUAUUCCCUCCUUUUUGCCACGGUAUCCAGCAAACCAUACAUAUUUGCGCACUUUGAUUAUGCCGAAACGCUUGACGGAUUGGCACCAAGUACGACCCAUCUGGGGACACCAGCAACGCGACGUCGCAGUGUCCCUUUCCAAUUUCCUGGCACUAACAGAGCAACACAACGCCGAGCCAGUUAGCACUGACAAGUCAGUCCAAUUAGCCAAAGUCAAGCCAGAGGCUGUUAUUGUCGAACCUCAUCCGUCGUACUGUGCCCCGAUCGUGUUUGCUCGCGGACCCAAUACAAUGGGCAUUGCGCGAGAGCGAAUGACAUCGCCGGAAUCCAGGGCCGCAGGCAAGGCAUGUGUGUUUUUCCAAAAGUUCCAACAAGUACGAGCGCUUCCUCGGUUGAUUCCGCCUGGCGAGACUGUCGGUACCAAGUAGCUUUGCGCCAGUAAUGACGCCGCUCUCCCGUUUGUUAAAAAUAUACAGCUGUUCAACCGUG